AUGAACAGCACGGAAUAUUUGAAGCUCAAGUUCGUUCGUAACUUUAGGACGCUAGCCCGCGAAGAUGUCGCAUUGGUUGGCGGCAAAAACUCCUCUCUUGGAGAGAUGAUUGGUGCUCUCACUGCUGAGGGUAUCGUCGUUCCGCCUGGUUUCGCUACAACUGUCGACUGCUACUGGAACUAUGUCGACUCCAACAAUAUUAGACAAAAGAUGAAUACGCUCAUCUCAGAAUGGCAAUCCGGAAAAGCAACACUCGCAGAAACUGGACAGGCUUGCCGAAAUUUAUUUCUUCGUGGAGACUGGCCUGCAGAUGCAGCUACGGCGAUCAUCAGCUCGUACAAGGAGCUCUCCACCAAGGCUGAAGUAGAGAAUCUCAGCGUUGCCGUACGAUCCAGCGCUACGGCAGAAGAUCUUCCAGGUGCUAGUUUUGCUGGACAACAAGACACUUUUCUCAACAUUUCUGGGGUUGAUGCUCUUCUCAAUGCAUGUCGUCGCUGCUAUGCCUCACUUUUUACUGACAGAGCUAUUAGCUACCGCCAAACGACAGGCUUCGACCACAUAAAGGUUGCCUUGUCCAUCGGCAUCCAAAGCAUGGUCCGAUCUGAUAUUGGCGGCUCCGGAGUGAUGUUCUCUAUUGACACGGAAAGUGGAUUUGACAAAGUUGUUUUGAUCAAUGCUGCCUGGGGUCUCGGUGAGAAUGUCGUUCAAGGUGCAGUCAAUCCGGACGAGUACCAGGUCUUCAAGCCACUUUUAGCCGAUACAAUGACCGUUCCGAUUAUUCAAAAGAAGCUAGGCGAGAAGGAAGUCAAGGUAAUCUACGGCGACGAGAAGAUGCCAACUCGCAACGUUGCAACGUCCAAGGCAGAGCGGGCAGCAUUCGUUCUGGAUGAUCAAGAGAUUCUUCAACUUGCUCGUUGGGCUUGCAUCAUUGAGAAGCAUUACAAGUGCCCCAUGGACAUCGAGUGGGCAAAGGACGGUACCACGGCAGAUUUAUACAUCGUCCAGGCUCGUCCCGAAACCAUACAGUCUCGCCGGACUGCCGGUAUCUUCAAGACUUUCAAGGUCGGCAAGCAUGGAAAAGCCCUUGCGACUGGUCUCUCCAUCGGCGCUGCUGCAGUCUCCGGCCGCCUUUGUCUCAUUGAGAGCGCCAAGGAUAUCGUCAAGUUCGUGGAUGGCUCUAUCUUGGUUACCGAAGCGACAGAUCCUGAUUGGGUUCCAAUCAUGAAGAGAGCUGCAGCCAUCAUCACUGAUCAUGGCGGUCGUACUUCCCAUGCUGCCAUCGUCAGCCGAGAGCUGGGUGUUCCAGCAGUUGUUGGUACUGGCACUGCCACCUUUGUGCUUCACACUGGUCAAGAUGUCACCGUCUCAUGCGCUGAAGGGGACAUUGGAUUUGUCUACGAGGGCACAUCCGAAAUCGCAACCAAAACGGUAGACGUAACACACCUCCCACCAACCAAGACCCAUGUCAUGCUCAACCUUGCCAAUCCAGCAUCUGCUUUCCGAUGGUGGCAACUCCCAGCCGAUGGUAUUGGUCUCGCACGCAUGGAAUUCGUCGUUACCAAUGCCAUCCAGGUCCACCCAAUGGCCCUCGUCCGCUUCGAUGAGAUCAAGGACCAAGCUACCAAAGAUAAGAUUGCCAGACUCACAGCUGGAUACUCCCACAAGCCAGACUACUUCGUCGACAGGCUGUCCCGCGGUCUUGCUACCCUCUGUGCCGCGGUGUAUCCCAAGCCAACCAUCAUCCGCAUGAGCGACUUCAAGACAAACGAAUAUGCUGGUCUCAUUGGCGGCGCCGAAUUCGAGCCAAAAGAGGAGAAUCCAAUGAUUGGCUUCCGUGGUGCUUCUAGAUACUACUCGCCACUAUACAAGGACGGCUUUAAUCUUGAGUGCAAGGCCAUUAUGCGCUUGCGUGAGGACAUAGGAUUCGACAACGCCAUUGUAAUGAUCCCAUUCUGCAGGACGAUCAACGAAGCAAAAAAAGUUCUUCACGUCAUGGGCGAGAACGGUCUCUUUCGCGGCGAAGGGAACGGACUGCAAGUAUACGUCAUGUGCGAGAUCCCAUCCAAUGUCAUUCUAGCCAAGGAGUUCACUCAGCACUUUGAUGGAUUCUCGAUUGGCUCCAAUGACUUGACCCAGCUGACUCUCGGCGUCGAUCGUGACUCUUGCGAGCUGGCAGAUCUCUUCGAUGAGCAGGAUGAGGCUGUCAAGUGGAUGAUCUCCAGGGUCAUUACUGAGGCACGUAAGGCUGGGCGAAAGAUAGGACUUUGUGGACAGGCACCGAGCGAUCAUCCUGAGUUCGCAGCUUUCCUAGUCGAUGCGGGUAUUAAUUCGAUAUCUGUGAGUCCAGACAGUUUUGUGGAAGUGAAAAAGCAUGUUUUGGCUGCUGAGCGGGUAAAGAUUUAA